AUGCUGGAUGUGGUGAUUCGGGAGAGAUAUGUACUGGACACAAUUCGCGCCCCGGAGGAUUUCGCCCAUGAGAAAGCCCACGAAGCCGCGGGAUCAGCAACCCUGAGCGAACUCCCCAACGGAGAUGUGGCUUUUGGAAACCCCAAGGGCCUUGAGACCCUGGCGCAUGCAUCUCAGUUCGAAGAAAUCCACAAAGAGUUAGGCGACCUGAAACAGGAACUUGCUAAGGUUAAUGAGAAACUCCGCGACCAUGACCGACUUCUUGGAGACAGUAGAAGUUGGAUGACAGUCAGAAACCGGAUUUUUCUCACCUUUCUAAGAUAUCACAGCAAGAAAGGUUCUUCUUUCAUAUCAAGACUCGUCGAUCCGUUUGGCUCGAAGCAGAAGCAACAGAUCAAGGAAUGCAACAAGCUCAUCCACGAAGCGGACAUGGUCACAGAUAUGCGAAUGGUUAAGAUGUGUCCCGAGAGCAGCGAAUAUCAUGAUGGUUUCGACAUGUUCGACAUGUACGAAAUGAUUUAUUCAUGUUCUCUCUCUGUUGCGGAGUGUCUAGAGGCCAACCGAAUGACAUACGCAAUCAAGACAAUUGACCAAAUUGCAAGCUACGGACUCAGUGAAGAACAUAGAAUGUCUCGCGGUCAAGGAAAAGCAGCGAAAGAGUUAGAGUUAUAUCUUCAGGGAAUCAACCCAGGAAAGGGUAUUGCCCCGGAGGAAGCUCUAAAGCUGCAAAGUAUUUGUGACGCGUUUCAAGCGGCCAAGGAAUAG